AUGUCCCAGUCUUCUAAGCGUAAUGCCGAAAUUGCUUUCGAAGGAAAUGACCGGGAAGAUCCUCACAACCAAAAGAAGCCAAGAACCAAGCAACCAACGCCUACUCACCAGACAACCAUUCUCUCCCCUCCCAAAGAAGAGAAUAACGGAGCAGAAUCGCACAGUUCUCAUGGCCGGGUGAGAAGUAGGACUGGCCAUCGGAGAAGCCAAGAGACAAAGUUGAUUAAGGACUUGGGAGACGCACCCGACAAUGUCACUCCGCAAUCCGACAAGGCACAACCCACCAAGGAGGAAGAACUGGCCGCCGAAAACCCAAAGCAUCAGAAGAGGCUAAGGAGAUCACACAAGGACAAAGAAAAGAAUCUUCCGAAGCCUGUGGAUGAGACCGCUGCUUGGCAAUCCUCGGUCCCAUCAACCACACCAAACAAACAACGACAGUCGAAUUCUGUGCCUCAAAAAGCAGAAGAGGAUAGAAGCACUUCGGGGGAGGCGACGCAGAAAAAGUUCAUGCAGGUAGCGCAAGAAGAUGGUCUGGCAGUGUUCAAUGUUCCAAAGGAAAGUGAUCAACUUGCUCUCGUUGCAUCGCAGAAGAAGAAGAAAUCACAGAAACAGAAAACGUCUGAAACCGUGGCAGAAGUCAAGAGACCCAAUGCAGGUCAUAAUUCGAGUCGCUGGUCAAUAUCUCCAAGCAAGGGUGGCAUUUUCAUCGACCAAGAUCCGCUAUUGACAGCUGAUGGAAAGUAUCUACUCCUUCCAACACAUUCUCAACUCCGCGUCUAUUCUACACAAACCUCACUAUUGAUUCGAAGUUUGCAAACCAGCCAUGGCUCAAGUAUCGUCAGCUGUGCAUUGUCACUUAUAGACCCCACUAAGGUCUAUGUUGCUUACACCAACGACAAAAUCUCAUUAUGGGAUUGGACGACAAGCCAAAAGUUGGGCCAAACUGCUACACAGAAUCGCUUACGCCGAAUCUUGCCCAUGGCUUUCGAUGGAAAGGAGGAAACAGUCCUUGCUCUACGCCACGGUGAAGAAAAAAGCAGUUCUGUGGUUGCAUAUUCUGUUGAUCACACCGGCCAGCAAUGUAACCUCGCCACUACCAUAUUGGAGCGACCAUUCAGCAUUAUGAAUAUUGCAUCUUACGCAGCUGGAAGUGUGCUCAUUGCUUCGAGUGCCGGCAAGAUUUUACUAGGAUAUUCACAAGAUAUUCCUAGCAAUGGACAACAAUUGAGUUAUACGUGGAGGGAGCUUAGUAUGUCUGGUUUCAUAACCUCUUUUGAUGCUCGAGUCCGCCCAUAUAAAGCAAAGGGAGCAAGAAGAGUGCCAAUUGUCGACUUGGUGGUUGGUUUUCAGUCUGGCACUAUUAUGAUAUAUCAAGAUCUUCUUUUCAGAUUGAUUGGCAAGGAGAAGAGCACCGAUAAAGAGGACAUAACCCCACGCAAAUUGCACUGGCAUCGAAGUGCAGUGAAUGCAGUCAGAUGGUCACGCGACCAGCAAUAUAUUAUCUCAGGUGGCAAUGAAACGGUACUUGUCAUCUGGCAGCUGAAUACAAACGAGAAGCAAUUCCUUCCUCAUUUGUCGACAUCAAUUCUAAAUCUGACCAUAUCAGCAAAGGGAUCGGAGUAUGGACUUCGUCUUGGUGACAAUUCUGUUAUGGUCUUGUCGACUGCAGAUUUGUUGCCAUCGACGAACAUUACCGGACCUGCAAUCAGUGAGGAUGCAUUGUCUGAUAGACCGAUGUUACUUCAUCCAACAAUAGCAGGUCGCCUAAUCGCAGCCGUCCCAGCUAAUGUCAUAACCAAAAACCAACAGCGAGAAAACAAUGCCACCCUUCUCCAACAAUUUGAUAUCGACUCGGGAUUACAAGUCAGCCGCCAAGCCCUAACAAGGAAUGUUACGACAGUCAAAAAUGUGGCACCUACCGGUAAAGCAGUGGUGGAACCCAAUGUCGAUUAUAUCGCUAUAAGCUAUGAUGGUAAAUGGCUGGCUACUAUUGACAGAUGGACACCCUUAAAAGCAGACAUAGCGUCAAUGUACCUUGAUGGUGACUCAGCAGAUUCUCGUGGCCAUUCUACAGAGACCACAUUAAGAAUCUGGGGUUGGAACGAGGAUGAGAAUGUCUGGGAACUGGUGACUCGCAUCAACGAGCCUCAUCGACCAGGCGAUCGCUCUGUGCUCGGGUUAGUAGCGAACCAAUCGAAGGCUGAAUUCGCGACCAUCGGUUCGGAUUCGACGAUACAAAUAUGGUCACCAAAAGCACGCCACCGAAAUGGGGUCGCUGUGAAGAACAAAACAAAUGAGCAAUUAUACACAUGGUCCAGCUCAAGAUCAAUUGACUGUGGGCAUGAACGUCUCCGUGGAAAUGAACAGGCAAAGUCAGCAACAAUAGCUUACUCUGAUGAUGGCUCGACCAUUGCGGCUUCCUGGUCGUGGUUGGCAUCACAAACGCGGCUAUUACACCUCAUUGAUGCUGCAAGCGGCAAAAUUAGUCUCACUCUUCCAGAUAUUCUAUCACCAAGGGAAGCAAGGCUAGCCUUUGCAGGACGACAUUUGUUAUGUCUGUCAGACACUUUUUGUGUCUUCGACCUGCUUACAGCACAAACCAUUCUCAACAUCAACUUGGACUCUGAAGCCUUUGGCCAGAGGCACCUCGCAACGAACAAGUUUGAAGGCACAGUUGCCAUCAGCAUUUCACCUGUGGAGAAAAACAAAUCAAGCAAGUUACUUUUGUUAAGCAUCACGGGACAAGAUGUCAAGCCUGUCUGGGAGACAUCCGUACCCGGCCUCAUUUUAGGCUUAUUGGCCUCUACCACUGGCUCGGGCUACGUCCUGAUCGACGGAAAGGCCAGGAUCAGCACAUUGAGGUCCAAGGAUGCCACAAUUCAAGGGGCUUUGUCAUCAGCACUGCAACGUACAGAGCCUGCGCAAGUCAGCAAGAGCCUAGACAGUAUUUUCGGCAGAGGCGGCCAGCCACUCCUGACCGCAGGUGACCAGGAAGGACUCAAGGCGGAUGGGUCGAAUGUACUAUCAUCGUCGAAUCUAGAUGCGGUGUUGAACUUCGUUUCCUCGAACCAUGCACCUAGUCCCACAGAGCUUUUUGAGCGGAUCGUUGGUGCAUUUGGUCGGCGAGAUGCUCAGGAAUCUGUGGUUGCAUAA